CGCGCAUCAUCACCUGCCCCAACGAGAUGGUAGCCCUAUCCAUGGCCGACGGCUACGCCCGCCUGACCAACAAACCCCAAGCGGUAAUCGUGCACGUCGACGUCGGGACGCAAGGCCUCGGCGCGGCGGUGCACAACGCGGGGACAGGCCGCGCACCGGUCCUCAUCUUCGCCGGUCUAUCCCCCAUCACGCAAGAAGGCGAACUGCGCGGGUCCCGCACCGAGUUCAUCCACUGGAUCCAGGACGUGCCCGACCAGAAGCAGAUCGUGGCCCAGUACUGCCGGUACGCAGCCGAGCUCAAGACGGGCGUCAACGUGAAGCAGAUGGUCAACCGCGCGCUGCAGUUUGCCCGCUCCGCGCCUCAGGGACCUGUUUACCUCUGCGGCUCGCGUGAGGUUAUGGAGAUGGAGAUCGAGCCGUACUCCAUCAGGCAGGACCAGUGGGAGCCUGUGGGCGCGGGGGCGCUGCCGGGGUCGGCGGUGAGGGAGAUUGCCGAGGCGUUGGCGGGCGCGGAGGCACCGUUGGUUGUGACUGGGUACGCGGGGAGGAAUCAGGCUGUGCCUGCCGCGUUGGUGCAGCUCGCGAAUACCGUCAGGGGCCUGCGCGUGCUCGACACGGGCGGCAGUGAUAUGUGUUUUCCGGCGGAUCAUCCCGGGUGGCUGGGGCUGCGGUACGGGAAUGAGGAGACGAUCCGGGCGGCCGACGCCAUCGUCGUGCUGGACUGCGACGUGCCCUGGAUCGCGACGCAGUGCAAGCCCCGAGAGGAUGCCAAGAUCUUCCAUAUUGAUGUUGAUCCCCUUAAGCAGAUCAUGCCGCUGUUUUAUAUCCCCGCGCAGGCCCGGUAUCGCGCCGAUGCGCUGACAGCGGUUGAGCAAGUCCUAGCGGAACUCGAGUCAAACGAGGGGCUGAAAACCAAAUUGGCGAGCGAGGAGAGAGAUAAGAGGUGGGCAGCCCUGCAGGAAUCGUACAAGAAGCGGCUGGAGACCAUCGCUGUCCGGUCUCGGCCGCUCAACAACGGAGAGUUCGGAACGAGCCAUCUCUGCGCCAAGCUCAGGGACCUGUGCCCCAGGGACACCAUCUGGGCCGUCGAGGCCGUCACCAAUACCUUAUAUGUCCACGACAGCAUUCAGCCGACGCAGCCAGGAUCGUGGAUCAACUGCGGCGGCGGCGGCCUGGGCUGGUCUGGCGGCGCCGCUCUCGGCAUCAAGCUUGCGUCCGAGUUUGAGGCCCAAUCGAAGGGGGAGAAGAAGGGCAAGUUUGUGGUGCAGAUUGUCGGCGAUGGGACAUACCUCUUUUCCGUCCCGGGCAGUGUGUACUGGAUUUCGAAGCGGUACAACAUCCCGGUUCUCACCAUCGUGUUGAACAACAAAGGUUGGAAUGCUCCUCGAAAGUCUCUGCUCCUGGUUCACCCUGACGGACUCGGGGCGAAUGCGACCAACGAGGAGAUCAACAUCUCGUUCGAUCCGGUCCCCGAUUACGCGGGGAUUGCGAAGGCGGCUGCUGGUGGCGAUCUCUUCGCCGCGCGCGUCGACAAGGCGGCGGAUUUGGAGGGUGUUCUUAAGGAGGCGAUUGAGGCCGUCCAAGGGGGCCAGACGGCCGUAGUGGACUGCAAGGUUGCCCUGAACUGUUAGCUACAGUACAGGUGCCGAAGGACUAGAACUGUCUUGAAAGCCAUGAAUUUCCGCAUAGUCCUUGGCCCUCUUUCUUGACGGUAUCACCGUGUUGGGGGGAUGAUUUCCUAACCGCUGGCUAGACGGUUGGGACUCCAACGGGAGCACAUCCUGGUCAUUGACAGACUGGUCAUGGUUCUCUGGAUAUCGAGACUUCAGUGAGCACAAGUGAGGUGUGUCUUGUAGAGCGUUGACGGCUGGUACAUGCAGAGCAAACAAUAUGCAUCCAUAUCCGCUGUUCAGGUUUUACCGAGAUGCCAGCAUUGA